GCAGUAGCGAGCAGCAGCAACGCAAGACGGGAAAGGAAGCUGUGAAAUCUCCCAAGUCUCAGUCGCGACGUUUCUCCGCAGAUAUCGUUUCUCACUCGGGCGGACAGAGCAGCGAUAAGUUUACCGCAGUCAUGUACUUGAAGGUGUUUUUCGUCGCCGUGGCUCUGGCUUUGGUUGGCGCUGUAGCCUCGACAGACUCAGAUGAAUGUGCCAAGUACCUUACUUGUGACAAAUGUGUUACCACCAAUGGCUGCCAUUGGCUUAACUGCACAGAAUCAUCGGUUGCCUGUCUCAGCUCGGACUUUCUUGGUAACUGCACCAACGCUAGCUGCUCAGUUGAUUCGACCCCAACCCCUGCGACUACAGCUUCCUCUGUUCCUACGACUGUUGCCCCUUCCCACUCUACAACCCUUCCCCCUGUUGCCAACACCACCACCUCUAACAGCAGCAGCCCCACCACAGACAAUACAACCGUUUCAACAGUUAGCCCGACUCACAGCGGUAACACCUCCACCCCUACGACUGCAUCCCCUGCUUCAACUGGAACUAGUACAACUACCACACCGAUUGCCCCCACUGCUGCCCCUCACAAGAACUCAACCUUCGACGCUGCAAGCUUCAUCGGUGGAAUAGUGCUAGUCCUGGGCCUGCAGGCCGUCAUCUUCUUUUUGUACAAGUUCUGCAAGUCCAAGGACCGCAACUACCACACCCUUUGAAGCGGCUGCGCUUUUGGAUCCCUCAUUCACUCAACUGACCAACCAGAACCUUCCCGAGAAGACUCUCCAAUCAGCACACACUCAUCACGACGGACUCAAACAGUGUUUUCAAGCAGGUUUCCUAGCUUUUUGAUGUUUGCGCCACUUGUGGAUUUCAGCCUGCGUUAACGCUGCCAUUGCUGUCUGUAUCAAGACACCCACGCAUGCCUGUGUGUAUGAUAUUGCACCAGCUAGUAUAACUGAACAGAUUUCCUGUGAUAUGGCAGUUAAGCUUUGAGCAUAUGGAUCACAUCAUCUGGUAGCUACUCCCACCUGCAUCACACCUUUAGUCACUCUACAAAGACAGGUUUGUGUUAUUUACAGCCCCUCUCCUCAUGGCGUCUUAAGUGAAAUACACCACAUGUGAGUUAAAGGAAUUAGUCAUGUAUACAGAGUAGCUUCACUGUUGAUGUUUGGGAGUAGUGCACCUACAGAGUGGUAGAAUUUACAGCUUUUCUUUUUUCUUUUUCUUUUUUGGUCUUGAUUUGGAAACACUGUUUGAGUUCACAGCUAUUCUGAAACGUGACGACUGCGAUGAUUCAGUGUUGCUUUUAGCCUAUUGAACCGUGGGUAGGUUCCCUCUUCCCCCAUGCAGCUGUAUCAUGUAUGCGUGUUCAUAGAUGAUGUGAAAGAGGUGGCGUUACUUAACGAGGGAAUAAAAGCAACACCCAAUCAUCUGAUGUCAGACUGAAAAAAAGCAGCGAUCCUUUUAUUAGGAGACUCCCUUUGCAUUUAGGAGUGUUGUGCAUUUUCUGCCGUUGACUUCCCAGGGAAAAGGGGGGUCUUUCACCCAAUAACAGUCGCUAAAAAAUGUCUAACACCGACUGCCAAUAGAGCAGCUCAAUGCAAUAAUUCAUGUAUCAAGUUCAUUUCAUAUCCUUCAAUGUCCCAACUGUCAUUUCUGACCUUUACAGACAUCAAAUCUUUCCCAGUCGAAUUGCUAGCAUUGAGCUGGCACUUCGGUCCCAUUUCAGUGGAGUAGUCAAACAGGGCCUGCGGGUCACAAUGAAAGAUUGUAGUAUAUUUCAGGAAGAUGAAUAAUUAAUUUGUUUAAAUAAUGUAUAAAAUAGAGAAUGGGGAGAUAAAGAAAAUGGCAUGCACCUUUCUUGAUGUGGACAGUGAUAGCGGUAAAGUGCCUUUAAUGUCCAGUAUGACUUAAAGUGAGACAUGGAAGAGUUUUUUUAUUCUUCUUGGUUGAGGCUCAAGUGUUGUGAUUAGUUUUAUGUUCGUUGAAAGAAACGGUAUCGCGGUGCUGAUAUUGGUGAGAGCCGUAAUAUCCCAGCUGGACUGAAGAGCCUUUGUUGUUGAAGAAUACAGUAGAUAGUUACAGUAGAUAGUAACUUGAGGGCCUUGAUCAAUCGAGAUGUGUUAUUGAUAUUGAACAUCUAAUUUAAGUUUUUCCCUAAAAGUAGAGGACUGUUUUGGAUGCAUGGAACCUAUGGUCUUCUCACUAGUGACAUAGUGUAAAUGAAUAACUUAAAGGUACUCUCCCAUAUGUUGCAUGCAACACUGCCCCCCCAAAAAUUCCUCCCACCUCACUAUUUAAGUUUCAGAACUCAAGGUGUAAAUUGUGUUGAUUUUAAACACACAAAAUGAUUUGGCAGGAAAUUUUGGCGCACUGUUAGGUGCUGUGAAUCUGGGAGUGUAGCUUUAACAAAGAGGCUUAAUUCAAAGACUUGAGUUUUGGAGAGUUUAGAGGUAAAAAAAAAAAAAAAAAAAAAUUAAACUGUGCGAGUGCUGGUUUGGUGAAGCGAACAUUGCACCUCCUAAUUUCUGAUUUUUGCCGUGUACAUGAGAGGAUUGUGAAGGAAGUACAGAACUGCAGCAGCUAAGUGGCCGUGCUAGAGCUCAAGUUCUCAAAUUAGCUUGCUGCUAACUGUGUGUUGUUUUAGUUUUCUCCUGUCAUUUUUGUCCCUCCUGUACAUAGCCAUCGACCUGUUUUUGUUUAUCUUCUAGGUUUCAACUUGAGGAAAGGCUAAAUGAAGGAGCGUUUAUCAGUACAUUUUGCUUGUAGCGGCUUGUCAGUGUUGAGAAUGUUUUGUUUAAAUGCUCUUUUAGUUUUUAUUAUUGCAUGCUUGGAGUUGUGAUUUUCCCUCCCAUUGCAUAUGCUCUUAGGGAUGUAAACACUUAAAAACCACUUGAUUAUUUGUGAUUAGCCCAUCUGCUUGUGGAAAGAAUGCCUUGAUACAGUGUGCAUUAAGCCAAAGUCCUCAGUUUUGGCAUGGAAAUUGAGCAUUGCACUGACAAGCUUUGUUUUGUAACUUUGUCUUUGUAAAUGUUUUCAUGGUUCAGCCAAAAAGAAAAAAAAACAGAUGCUUGUUUAAAUACUCAGUCUAUAAUAUUAACUAGAUAAUGGAUGAAUCAUCUUGUUUUGUAUGACCACAAGCAAUGAUAAAUACAUGAGUGCCGAUGUUUUUGUUCUGGCUUACGUAAUUUAAGACAACAUGUUUUCUGCUGCUCACCAUUAACACGCCUUUUAAAACCUACAGUCACCUGGUGGCAUUAGGCUACAGCCCAAAGACCCAAUCAUGGCGAGUAGGCUACAGAGGUUUGCCUUAGCUGCACCCAUUUGCUCAUUCCGGGCAUGCGGAGUCCCUUUCGCCCCAAAAUUUAGAGAAACAUUCGAGUUUCGUCAAGCACCGAAUCCAGUCAGAGUGCGCUCUCUGCUUUCGACAUAUUAGCUGCAUUCCUUACGAACACAGCAUCACAUGGCGACAUUGUGGUGUGCCAAAACACCUCUGGUAUCCAUAGAUACCAAUAGAUGUCCAUUGUGUUGCCUCUCUGCAGCUUAUCCCACAAGUCACUAACUCAGUCCCUGCACCUCUUAAGGAAAAGUGCCUUAUUCAGUUAAUAUCCAUGUAGUUGUAGAUUGUAAAAUGAUAUGUCACACCUAUUAAAUAUCAGUGGGACUCUUUCGGAGCACUUUCAAACCCCUGUGAAGUGGUUUUCUGUGUUGUAUUUUGCUUCAGCGUCUGCUUUGUCACUCUCAGCCUUAACUUCUUGAUCAAACCCACUGAGGAUUUGCUAGUGAUAAGCUGUCCAGGUAAUCACCAGGCUACUUUUGUUUGUUAGAUAGCAUUUCAACAACAUUUAAGUGCUAACCACACAAUAUAAUUAUAGGUAUUUAAAUGGUUACUAAAAUGGUUCUGACCAGUUAUUGUUUGGCAUGGUGUCAUAAUUCUCAACCAGAUUAAGUCCCAGUUGUGGCCUAGACAGCUUUUCACCAUCUAAAAUAUCUCACUGGUAAUGUUUUAACCACAGCCACAGACCUCUAGUAUUCUUAAUUGCAACAUUUCCUCCAUAACAUAACCAGUCAUGCGAUGACUUGAUUUUCACUUUGGUCAUAUUUUUCAAUUGUUGCAAUUGAAUGACUUGUUUUCCAUGUUCUUUUGAGUUCUGCUUAGUCAUUCUAUCAGUUUUCAGCCUUGCAGUGUUCAAUUCCAAGAGUGUCGAGUAAAAAGCUUUUUGAUUCCCUCCUUUUGCCUCGUGGCUUUUUUGCUCCAUGCACACACUCACUGUAGUGCCAUAUAUUUUACCGAAUGUGUUGGAAGCCGUCAGUCUUGUAGGUACGAUUCUUUGGCUUUGCUCUCACAUACAAUUUAACACACAACUAUUCACUCAGUUAUACAUAGACACUUGCAGGUGCCGCAAUGCCUCCUGAAAUGUUUUGUGCAUAUUUUGUGCCCCCUUUUUUUCCCCCUCAAACCUUUUUAUUGUUUGCCUUGAAUUUGUUUUUUUCUAGUGUUGCCUUUUUAGUUUCACAAUGUUAAACCAAUAAAGUUUGAAUAUUGUUAAACAAAUCAUCAUAUUUACCUUUCAUUUGGCAGCAAUGUAAACUUUCUUGGAACUUGCAAUUUACAUGAGAAAUCACAAAUGGGAUGAUGACACACAGCCAGGUCUCAGUCGAAGGCUUCAUUUCCAUGGUUACAGUUAAAAAGGCUAGUUGCCAAGGACAACAAAAGGGUAUCACGUUCAAGCUUUGUUAUGCUGUGUGUGUGUGUGUGUGUGUGUGUGUGUGACUGUGUCGCUAAUGCUAGGUCAACAAGUUCUCUUGUGAAAGAUUAACAUAAAAACUAAGCCGAAUAAAACAAUGGAUCAAA